UAAAAUUUCUACUCGUAUGAUGGGAUGUGGUUCAUCGAUGGAUACGAAUAGCGUUUUAGAAGAGCCCAUACAGAGCUUGGAACGUUGGCAGCAAGGCGAUAUGGAUCCCGUCGCGGUUGUCGAGGAAUUUGUGCAUCUGGACGAACGGAUCAGCAAACUGGAGGCGACUUGUCCGGGACCGCGUAUGGCCACCGCCGAAGCCUGGGUCGAACACUUGCAAUCGCAACGUGAUACUCUUUUAGGUGUUGACAACUUAGAUGCGGCCUUGAAUCUACAACGAAAUGAAUUGUCGCCACAACAACAACAACAACAACCCCAACAACAAAUAAAUAGUGAAAUAUUAACUAUAAAUGAGAUCGAUGCAGCUACGCCACCACCCAUACAUCAGCCACCAUUGCAACCACUCAGUGUGGUGGUGGCAUCAACAACUACAACAACAAAUAGAGGCAUGUUAUUGAAUGGCGGAAAUACAUUGAGACGCGGAAAUGGCGCCAUAGUAAAUGGCAUAGGCGGGGCGGCGGCACGACACGCUAAUAAUAACAUAAUGGCAAAUACACCCACCCAGGAUUUGGCUAAUCUUGCCAUUAAUUUGAGCGUUGUCGAUGAUGCUAAUAAGGCUUCCACGCAUGAGGAUUUUUUUGCCAAUCUCAGCGCAGCGCUUUAUGUGACGUCGAUUAAAUACUAUACAGAAAUACUCGAACAUACAAAGGCGCGACUGAAAACGUUAACGGAGAGCUACAAUGAAUUGAAUGAGCUGUAUGUGCAUCAUGAUGGCAUUAUAGCCUUCAUAAGUGGUGGCACGUAUAUGACACGCUUGGAAGAGAGUUUGGACGCACAGUUGGAGGCAGCGCGUGAUGUACGAGAUAAGCUUGGCAGCGCAUUGGAGCAAUGGCGCAUAUGCGGCACGUUAUUACGCGCAAGUGCAAGCUCAGCGACGCAAGCUUUAACACAGUGGCAGCAGCUAGCAAAAGCCAUCGAUCCAAAACAUAAAAUUCAGCUGGCUUUAAACUGUCGUACGGCUCUACAAGCAUCUUUGAUAUCGGUGGAGUGUGCACAGUUGGCACUGCCACAUGUGGAAAUCAAACAUAUAAGCAAUCGUCAAUUGCUGGCAGCGAAGCAUUGCAAUACGUACAUGAUUACAGAUAUUGCAAAUCUUUCAAGGUAUCAGCAUACAACGAAAGUAUUCACCUCUUUUGAGAGUAAUAUUUCCAAAGCAUCGAUGUGGCUGUAUGAAACGUUUAAUAAAACUUUACGUCAAGACUUCGAUAAAUCGGAAGAGACCGUACGUAAUCUGGCGAAAACUUUGAGGGAUCAUAGGCAAGAAGUUUUUACUGCCGCUCGCAAAUAUUGAUCGCUUACUAACAGCAGCUAAUUUAAAUAUGUAGUUAAUUAUAAAGUAUAUUGACACUUUUCUUUAAAAAUAAUUAAAUAGUUUAUAUUUGAUAACAUUUUAAGUAACCAAUAAAUGAAAUAAUUGUUAAACUUAA